AUGUUGCGGAGCUGGGAGCUCUUCAGGCACAUGCGACAGCACAUGUUUCGCAUGCACCCACAGCUGCCGCUCAAGUCUGUUGUCUGCCUGGUGAGAGAGCACGAGGAUUCGGGGCGUGGACGCAGGCUUGUGCAAGAAGAUGCGGACAAAGUUUUGGAGAUUGCAGAGGACGCCCUGAAAGCGCAUUCGCGUCCAGAGUCACUGGUGAUUUUCAAUGGGACCUGGAAUGGAAAGAAGGCCACAUUUGAAAAGCAAUGCCGAAUCUUUGACUUUGCUGUGGAUGCCUUGUACGGGCCGACCAGAUCAACGUGGCUGCACUACAAUGUGUUCGUCUAUGAUGCAGGUGACAAUGUUGCGAACUACAUGAAGGUGGACCUAGACUGCUCCCAGAUGGCCAUGGAUUCAGUAGGCUCCAAGAACAAUGCGAAAAUCGCGGUGAUGGCCGAUGGAGUUGCUAUCAGGCAGGUCGACUCCACAGACCCGCGUUGCAGAUGUCGAACGGAGGACACGCGGCCGCUCGUUCUUCGGGCAAAAGUGCCAUGCUUUUGCCCAGACGAACGGGUGGGUGCUUUUGUAGAAUUCCAUGGCAGUACCGUCAUCAAGAAUAGUCAAGGGCGCCCUUGGGUCAACGUUUGUGUGGACAGCCAUGCAGGCAUGACAGAUUUGCUUGCAGCCACAGUUCUGCACGAAGCGUUGAACGUCGGCGAUUCUCACAUUGAAGAUGCGGCUCUUCCAGAACGAUGUGAAAGCAUAUGGAGCGAAGAGGUGCAAGAGUUUGGCUGCGCCAAGCGAAGGCAUGUGAAGUUGCAGCAGUGGCGGAAUGUGGAGACACCUCUGGACCAGGCGAAAGCGAAGGCAUUCCUUGGAUUCAGGAUGGUGGAGGACCCUGCCAUACUUUGCAUCGAGGGUUCCAAGGGGCUGGGCUCCCGAAAGCCGCCGGCCAACGACACCCACGGUGGAGUAGAACUGAGGCAAAGCGACCUCGAGAUCUUCGGGCGUAAGUACGACUGCCGAGAAUUCAAUGCUUCAGCUUUGGUGGUAGAAGAGCCCGCCGGCAUGGAGGCUACAACAAACAUAGCGGACGCCCCAAAGAGGAAGGCCAAGAACUUGAAGACAGAUGAUUCCCACCUGUGGAUGUUCAUGUGCUUUCCCGCCGACGGCAACUGUUGCUUUCAGGAAGAUACUGAAAUGCGUCCAGACGCAGAUCCCUUCACCAUUGCAGGGAAUGCAGGGCAUGUUGCCACCGGAGAGGAUGUCGCAGGGACAGAGGAAUACGAAAAUGCCACAGACAAUGGCUCCCCGAGUGCAGGUGUCUUUCAUGCAGACCAAUCCCAGUUUGCGAACGACAAGUUGUCCUCAGGGGGUACGGAUUUCCGGCUGAAGGAGCAGCUGUCGCCUGCUCUGAGGCAAGAGGUGGAGCAAAUCAAGGCUGACAUCGCUGCGAAGCAGGCCCUGAAGGCAGCGGAAGUCGGAGGCACGCUGACGGACGUGCAGGAGACCGACACCCGGGCAGAGGCACAGGCGCCGCCGAAGGUCGGCGCUGAGCGAGGCCGAGGAGCAUCGGGCCGCGCGGUGCAGGCCGAGGUGCCCACAGAACGGCCGAUCGCCUUCGAGGCGUGGCCGGUGCUUCCAGGGUUGCUUGCUGUCUUCCUCAAGAAAGACAGCAAGUAG